AUUUCCGAAUCGCCUUCACCCUUCAUCUUCCGCAAUUAAUGCCAUCUUCAUCUUUCUCAUACGAAACCCUCACGUUAGCUCUCUGUGAAUUCGAACCUUACCUCUGAUCUCGAUCUCGAAGAAGCAUUUCACGCACAACCACGAUGGAAUUCAUGGAUAACUCAAGGCAACCUUUGAUCCCCAGCUUUCUCUACUCUCCUACAAGAUUCAUUGAUUUUGAGCAAAAUUUGACGGCUAAUCAACGGAACUCUUUUUCGUCUUCGAGGUGUACGCCGUUGGUUUCAUCGUCGACGCAGAAAAGAGGUUUCGUGAUACCCGCUCCUAGCGAGCAGCGUAAGAUCGCGAUGUUUUCUCCGGCUUAUUACGGAGCAUGUACAGCUGGUGGUAUUUUCAGUUGCGGUCUCACUCACAUGGCCGUCACUCCGCUGGAUCUCGUCAAAUGUAAUAUGCAGAUAAACCCUACAAAGUACACGGGAAUUGCUUCUGGUUUUGGAGUAUUGCUGAAAGAGCAGGGAGCGAAAGGAUUCUUUAGGGGUUGGGCUCCAACCUUGUUUGGUUACAGUGCACAGGGUGCUUGCAAGUUUGGAUUUUAUGAAUUCUUCAAGAAAACCUACUCUGACAUGGCUGGCCCUGAGUUUGCAACCAAAUACAAAACAUUGAUCUUCCUUGCUGGCUCUGCAUCUGCUGAAUUCAUUGCUGAUAUUGCUCUUUGCCCUUUCGAGGCAGUUAAAGUUCGUGUCCAAACAAAACCUGGAUAUGCCAAAGGUAUCUCAGAUGGCCUUCCAAAGUUUAUCAAAGCUGAUGGUGUCUCUGGGCUUUAUAAGGGAUUAGCUCCUCUUUGGGGACGACAAAUUCCAUAUACAAUGAUGAAGUUUGCAUCUUUUGAGAAAAUUGUGGAGAUGUUGUACAUGUAUGCUAUUCCCAUGCCAAAGGAUCAAUGCAGCAAAAGGUUGCAGCUUGGAGUGAGCUUUGCUGGUGGUUAUGUGGCUGGUGUUUUCUGUGCCAUUGUCUCUCACCCUGCUGAUAAUUUGGUCUCCUUCCUCAACAAUGCUCCAGGUGCUACUGCUGGUGAUGCUGUGAAGAAGCUUGGGAUGGUGGGUCUAUUCACACGUGGACUUCCUCUUCGUAUUUUUAUGAUUGGAACUCUCACGGGAGCACAGUGGGGUAUUUAUGAUGCUUUCAAAGUCUUUGUUGGCCUGCCUACUACUGGUGGUUCUGCUCCUCCUGCUAAGUAAAGUUAUGGUGGAAUGGGUGAAAGCUGAGUGAGUUUGUAUUGUGAAGGGCAUGCAUGAUGAAUGUCGGUAUAAUUAAAUAACAUUAGGUUAGAUUCACAAUCACAACUGUCAGUGCUUUUGUUACUAUUAUUAUAGAUUACAAAAUGAAUGUUUGUUAUGUAUGACGCAAGUUAAUUUCAACUUGUUUUUUUUUUU